UCGAUGGACCUUGUCCUUACACUGAGCGCUGGGUCGCAGAUCCAACCAUGGAGGCAGCUGCAGAUCUUCAGGACACAGCUUCCUUGGCCCUGCGAGCCUGGGACCCAAGUCUGGAUGUCAGCUUUCUCCUACCUGCGUGACUUGCCUCCUUGCAGGAAGUUUGAGUUUAACCCAAAGCUGGGCAUUGAUAAUCCUGUCCUCUCCCUGGCUGAAGACUACGACCCUUCUGAUCUCUGGAGCCUGGAACGGCCUCGCUUCUACCUGCUGAAUAAAGAGGAGGGCAGGACUUUUGGCUUCCACCUGCAGCAGCAGCCGGGCAGGGCUGGGCAUGUGGUAUGCAGGGUGGAGCCAGGCUCUUCCGCCCAGCGCCAGGGUCUUCGAGAAGGGGACUGGAUCCUGGGGGUGAACAACCACGUCGUGGAACAUGAAGAUUAUUUGAUGGUGAUACGCCGGAUCCGGGCCAGCGGGCCUCGGGUGUUGCUGACAGUCUUGGCGCAGCACGUGCACGAGGUGGCCCGAGCUCAGCGGGGGAACAACGCCCACCUCUGUCCCCCUCUCGGCCAGGGGGUCCGGCCUCGGCUGUGCCACAUAGUGAAAGACGAGGGCGGCUUUGGCUUCAGUGUCACCCAAGGACAUCGGGGUCCUUUCUGGCUAGUGCUGAGCACUGGAGGAGCAGCUGAGCGGGCAGGAGUGCCCCCUGGGGCCCGGCUGCUAGAAGUGAAUGGGGUCAGUGUUGAAAACCUCACGCAUAACCAACUCAACAGGAAGCUUUGGCAGAGUGGCAAGCAGGUGACCCUGCUGGUGGCAGGGCCAGAGGUGGAGGAGCAGUGUCGCCAGCUGGGAAUGCCCCUGGCUGCGCCUCUGGCAGAGGGCUGGGCACUGCCCACCAAGCCCCGCUGUCUGCAUCUCGAGAAAGGGCCCCAGGGCUUCGGGUUCGUGCUCCGGGAGGAGAAGGGCCUUGACGGUCGCCUCGGUCAGUUCCUAUGGGAGGUGGACCCAGGACUGCCAGCGGAGAAGGCCGGGAUGCAGGCUGGGGACCGGCUGGUGGCUGUGGCUGGGGAGAGCGUGGAGGGGCUGGGCCACGAGGAGACAGUGUCCAAGAUCCGGGCGCAGGGCUCCCGUGUCUCCCUCAUUGUCGUCGACCCCAAGGCUGACCGCUUCUUCAGCAUGGUUCACUUGUCUCCGCUCCUCUUCUUGGAGAGCACAGAGGCUCCUGACUCUCCCCGGGGUAGUGGCUCAGCCUCUGUGGUUGAGAGCAAGAGCCCACCUGUCGAAGACACAGCAGUGGCUCUUGUCCCCGGCAACUUCCGCCAGUGCUUCCUGUACCCUGGGCCUGGCGGUGGCUACGGCUUCCGACUCAGCCGUGUGGCCAGCAAGCCUGGUCUCUUCAUCUCCCAGGUGACCCUAGGAGGCUCUGCUGCCCAGGCCGGGCUGCAAACAGGAGACAUGAUUCUGGAGGUGAACGGGUAUCCCAUGGGUGGAGACAAUGACCUGAAAAGACUUCAGCAGCUGGCUGAGGCAAAGCCACCCCUGUGCCUGAAGUUGGCGGCCAGAUCUCAGCAGGGCUUGGAAGCCUGGAUUCCCCCAGGGUCCAGAGAGGACGGGGUUCUGGCCUCAGAUCUGCUGUAGCACCCCGUGCUCGGCAAUGAUCUGCCCAAGCUUUCCUGUCUUCACCCUCCAGCCUGAGGUGGUAGGAGCUGAGAUGCUCUCUUUAAACCAGAAGCUGCAGCUUUAGGACUCCUGAUACCUCCAGUCACAGGAUUGUUCAAGGUCUCUCUCCCUUCCCAUGGGUCCACCUCCUGGAAGAGGGUGUGGCCAGAGCCCUCAGGUGGGCCCAUGAGGGAGCUUCCCGCUUGAUUCUGGAGGAAGUCAUGUGGGGUCUUUGGGAGCUGUGCCCCAGAGAUGAAGAUCUGCUUGAGAUGAGCUGUGCAAUUUUGUGAUUUAUAACAAGAAAUAAUAUUAGGUUUUCCUAUCCUUUCCUGGCAGAGAGCUCCUAAAAUCCUUGGGAUUUCCUAAGUAAUAAGAGUGAUAAAGUUGUCUUCUGUUAUUCAUAAUAAGGCUGUUUCAAUUACAGCUAUCCUUGUUAAUGAGGUACCUUUUGGAAAGCACCUAAGAAUGGGGCACUGGUUUCCAGGAGAACCGAUCAUCUAAUUAGCGGGCUGGAACUUUCAGUGCCUCUGCCACCCUCAGUCUCCUGGGAGGGGAGAGGGGCUGGAGGUUGAAUUAAUCACAGUGAUCAGUGGAUUGAUUAAUCACGCCUACAUAAUGAAGUCUCCAUAGAAACCCAGAAGCACAGGUUCAGAGAGCUUUCUUUGUUGAUGAACAUGUGGAGGUGCUGGGGGUGGCACACCUGGAGAGGGUGUGGAGCUUCCACGCUCAUACCCCACGCCGUGUAUCUCUUGCAACUGGCUAUUCUUGAGUUGUGUCCUUUGUAAUAAAAUGGUGAUCUAGUAAGUAAACCAUUUCCCUGAAUUCAAUCACUCUAGCAAAUGAUUGAACCCAGGGAGGGGGUUGUGGCUAUCACUGAUUGAUAGCCAGUUAGUCAAAAGCACAAGUGACAACCUGGACUUCAGAUUGGUAUUUGAGGUUGAGGGCAGUCUUGUGGGACUGAGCCCUUAACCUGUGGGAUCUGAUGCUAUUGCCAGGUAGAUAGUGCCACAAUUGAGUUAAAUUGUAACACAAGAGUUAAAUUAUGUCUACAGAGAAUUACUUGGUGUGGGAAACCUCCCCGCCCCCCUUUUAAAAAUGUGUUAUAUUUAUUUCUCUUGGAGGAAGUUUAAGCACCGUGGUGGUGUGGUGGUUUAGCUGCUCAGUCCUGUCCAACUCUUUUGUGACUCCAUGGACUGUAACCUGCCAGUCUCCUCUCUGUCCAUGGGAUUUUCCAGGCAAGAAUACUGGAGUGGGCUGCCAUUUCCUUCUCCAGGGGAUCUUCUUAAUCCAGGGAUUGAAUUUAGGUCUCCUGCAUUGCAGGUGAAUUCUUUACUAAGCUACCCAGGAAGCCUUUUAAGCACCAUAGCUAAAAGAUACACAGUUGUGCAUAGUGGAAACAAUUGUGCAUAGUGAGUAGAAUCCUGAUGCUUAUUUCUACCUAAACCUUCACCUGUUCUACAUGAAAGAUCAGUCUGUAAGGAUGAAACACAAAUUACUGAAAGGAAGAAUCUAUAGAGGGUGAAA